GAGGGUGGGAGGGGGGAUAAGAUGGUGGCGGGUAGCGCCUAGCCCUCAGUCCUUCAGCCUAAGGGGGCUUCCCGGGCGGAUGUGAGGCGUCAGGACUGCCGCCCCCGCUGCCGCCGGGGCUGAGGGGGUGAGCGAUGGCGGGGGGAGGUCGUGAGGCGCUUCGCUCCGUGCGGGGAGGAACCGGCCUCUGCCCUGUGAGGAGCGGCGGCGGAGCUCCCUCGGAGGGGAACCCCCGUGGCUGCUGGCGGAGCAGAACCAUGUAAAUAAAGGACGUAUCUGCGAAAAUGCAAGGCUGUCUUCCACUUGCCUGUACAUGCGCCCUGUGGGCGCUCGGAAGUUGACUCGUGAGCGCUGUUGAAACACCAAAAAUCAGUGGUGCUUCUGAACGGAGAGAGAGCAGAAGAGAGCUGUGAAGUCAGCAAGUGUUAUGAAAUCCCAGUAGGGCUAAGUCUGUCCUUAAGAACCUAAAUUUCUGCUUGCACGGCAAUGCUGCAUACUUCAGAGAAGAGAACUUGUAUGCUGCUAACAAGGACAUGGUCAAACAAAGUGCCACUCCUAGUCAUUACAAGUCACAGGUAAAUAGCAAGAAACAAAACAUGGACACUCAAAUAUUUUCACCAUUAUUAGGAGCAAUUACUAGUACGCCACCUCCGCUAGAAUCUUCCCGUCUGUAUAGUGACUGGUCAGCACAUGGAGAGGACAUUGGCUCAAAAACUUCUUUUCAAGACUGCACAAAGAAACGGGCACCAAUAAAUCUUUCUUAUUCUGGCAACGGCCCUGAUAUGUUUGGGCUUGUGUCAAGCAUUUUAGAGGAGCCAAGUAAGCCAGAACCAGUUACAGACUGGAAUUCUCUUUCAAGAUUGUUUCCACCUAUGUGGGCACCUGAUCUUGGAAGCAAUGGUGAAUUCUCAGGGUUCUCGGGGCUCUCAUCUAAGCACUCUGUUGACAGUAAGGAUUUUUCAAACCUGAUGGGCACCCAGAACUACUGUCAGGAACACUUGCAAAAGUCUCAUGAUGUGGAGAUGUUGCACAGAGGUUUGGAAGAUCUUCAUUUCAUAGAGUCUUGGCUUUCUCCGUCUGGCCCUUGCACUCAGCCUGAUAACAUUCUGAAGAACACUUAUCCUGAAAACUGCUCUUUGCAAAAUAAUAAUACAGUUCACCAAGAAGGGUUUUCAUUUCAAAAUGCAGACUAUAAUCAGCAUUUGUGCAGUUAUGACCACAUGAGGUUAAAUGGAGACUAUGAAAAACUGGGUUCCAGUUUUAGCACUUUUUCUUCUCAGAACAGAGUGAAAGAAGGCACUAGCAUUCCGAAAGAGUAUUGGAAAACUGAAAGAGCAAGAGGCAAAGUUAUGAAAAAUGAUGCUCAAGAACAAACUAAAUAUUCCCCUGAUCUUUCCAGUCAGCCUGCUGAUGACUCUUGGGAUAAAGUGUCCCAGGACAACCACUUGUUUUCGAAGAGAUAUGAAAACUUCACAGCUGCUCAUAAAUUGCAGUCACCUGUUCAUCCAUCGCUAUAUUUUUUCAAUCAACCCCCUAAAGAAAAUUUUUCUGGAGGGACAAACAGAAAACUGCAGGAAACCCAUGUGCAAAAUGGUCAUCAUAGCUUUCCUGUUGGGGAUGCUUUUAAUAAUAAUGAAUGUAAGGUCCAUAUUAGUCCUAAAGAAUGCUCUCAUAAAGUUUCAGAAUAUGAUUUAUCUGUAAAAAAUGUUAUGCAAAACGGGAGUUAUUCAUUGUACCACGGACGUAUGUGGCUGGAUGGGACAACUGCAAGUCCGACAGCUGCGUCGGAUAUCGCAUAUGGAAAGCAAGUGGUAACAAGUCCGCAGUCGUCUUCAGGUGUUUCCACCAUGUCGGGUGGUUCUCCCACCCAUCAGUCUCUAACACAGUCCUCCUACUACUCACAGAUCUCACCUGUCCUCCCUUCAAGGAAAGAUGGAAGGUUACAAAUACCGAAUGGUGUUUCUAAUAAUUUGGGAGUUUCUAAUUUUGUCUCAGAAAAUCAGAAGCAGAUGAAACCCGUUGGACGAUCACAGCGCGAUUCGUUGACUAACAAGGAGGGGCAAUGCCGGAAAUUCCCCAUUAAUUUUUCAUCUGAUUGGUUAAUGCAGCAGAAUGCUGUCAGUGAAGACCCUGAAAAAUACCACAGAUUUCCAAAAAAGCAGACCCAAGAAAAUAAUAGUAAUAAAGACGAUAGAAGGGGCAGAAGGAAUUGGAUUCCUCACUUGGGGUAUACAACCCCAAACCGUCAGCAGUUCAAUAUGUUCCAAAAAAAACAUGAACAGAACAGUGGUAGCAUGUCAGAUUUCAUUAAUCCUUCUUUUCUUCCUUCUUUCCCAUUAAUGUCUGAUUUUAAGCAAAAUCCCAGCUUUCCUCAAUUUAAUCACCACCUGUUUUCAUCAGCAAAUAAUUUUUUUCCUCCGUCACCGUUUCCAUUCUCAGAACUUGUUGAUCUCUUCCAUUAUGAUGAUUUUAACCACUUGAAUCCCUUCAUCAACGAUCUGUUUUGCGGGGAAAUAGCUGCACCGUAUUUUGCCUUUCCAACACCAUUUAAUAAGUACAGACCUCCAAGAAACCGCAGCGGACCUGCUAAUGAGCUUCAUAUCCGACUGGAGGAGUGCUAUGAGCAGUGGAGAGCUUUGGAGAAAGAGAGAAAGAAGACUGAGGCUGACCUUGCAAGAAACUUUCCAGGAAAGCGCAUAUCUAGCUCAAAUAACACUCCUGUGUCCCGACUUCCUGCUAACCCAUCACGGGUGGAUCGUUUGAUUGUCGACCAGUUACGAGAACAAGCCAGGGUGCUCACAUUAAUAGGAAAAAUGGAAAGGCUUUGCGGUACCCCUGUACAUGGUAACAUAUCCACUACAUUGGAACACCAUAUGGAAGCCAUUCACGCAACACAGGCGAGGCGUAAGGAUGAGAUUAUUAAUGCUGCUAAUCCGCAGAGACAGGGAGCGCCACGUUAUAAUAAUGAGAAAGACAUUCUGGCUCUGGCAGCUGCCAUUAGAGAGUUGGCCGCUUCCACACGCAAGGCUCGUACUGCUUUAUGGUGCGCGUUACAGAUGACUUUGCCAAAAAACUCUUCAAGCGGCCCAGUAAAACAAGAAGCUGUUGAAAGGGCACUGCAAGGGCUUUGUCCUCCAAACACAAGCACACAAGAAAGAAGCAGCGCAGAGCAUGAAAACGACGGAAGCAAAAAAGAAAAACCCGAGGAGCCCGUGAGGGUUCUGGAAUAACAGCAAAUAAUAAUAACAAAAGGGAGGCAGAAGGCUGAGGACUAGAAGGGAAGGGCGAGGCAUCCUGCGUAGUACCGGGGAAGGUGUUUUUGCCAGGUUAUCAAAAAUCAAAAGGGUUAAUAUAACUGAUCAGUGCUGCAAUUCUAUUACUGUGAUUCUGGUGUUGAGAGACACAUCUUGUAAUAGUGUUAAUGCAAUUUUAAUAUUGCUGGUAUUGCAAUGUCUGCUACGUAAGAAUUUUAUUAAUAAGAGGAACUAAACAAUAGCUGAGCAUUUCCUUGUGCGCUUAUCCGAAGCCGUGCAUCAGCUGUGAGUCAAGUCAUGACCUGAGAAACCAGAUGUGGUUAAACUUAGUUCUCCUUUUUUUGUUAAUGAUACAAUUUAGCAUUCUUUAAAAAAAAAUCUGUUUGAAAGGUAUUUCGUAAUUGUUCUGGGGUGGGUUUUGCACCAUUAUAUAGUUCUUUUAAGUGCCAAAGUGAUCACGAAGUAGGUUGCAUCCCGUGACUCUGUACUGAGCAAUCCACCCUCCUGUGCUGGUUUUGUGACAGGGAGUCAGCCAUCCAGGUUAUCGCUAGCAGUUUGACAAGAAUAAUCAGUAUUUAAUGUUGGUUGCGUGAGAUGCUUCAGCAGUUGUGCUGCCAGUUCAGUUUCUAGCUAAACCAGUGUAAACUGAGCUUUUCUAGAGCAUAGUCCAUUUAAAAUUUUCCAUUUAAAAAAAAAAAAGAUUUUGUAGAUUUGCAGUAAGUACUGCAUUGAAGUACACAUUAGCAGGUGAUAUAAAAUUGUCACUCAGGAUUAGAAAUUAGAUUUAUUGAUUCCUCAGUGGGUUUAAAAACAGUAACUAUAUAACAUAGUAUGCACUUAAUUAAAAAAUUAUUGUUUGUUCUUAAUGUAAGCUCAUGGUACUAUGAUUUUCAGAAACAUUCCAUAUUUAUUUUAGUGUGUUUAUUGAAUGUUUAUUUAAAAUUCUAUUUUAGUAAUAUAAAGUUGGAUAUUUUGCCAAAUCUUCCGAAUAAUCAGAUUUAAUGAUUUACUCAGGAAAUAUGUAUAUUGUUAUAUAAAUACACACGUGGUAUAUAGGGAUUUUUUUGGGGGAAGGGAUGUUUGCAACAUAUUUACACAAAGCUAACUAUAUACUAGGUUACCAAAGCUGUUUAACUGAUUAAUUUUUCGCAUGGAAGAUUUAAUAUAUUUAAUUGCUGUUAACUAGUCUCCAUUCUGUGGCUUAGACAAUCAGAAGUGUUACGUAUCGGUGUGAAUGUUCAGGGUGAGAAUUAGAAAAGAAUGAGUAAGUCAAGUCUUGUUCUUAGGGCACUUAUAAAUAUUUUAAUGCUUUAACAACUGUCUUACUGUUACACGAUCUCUUAACGCGUACUAAUAACCAACUAAGGUUCUUAGGGGUCAGUAUAUUAAUGAAUGGCUGUGGAGAGCAGUUCUUAUUUUAAACGUGAACUAACUUGGGGAUAUGAGCAAAGUUUGAAAGAGAAAAAUGAAGAUUUUUAUGUUCCAUAGUGUUCAGUGUUGCAUUAGACAUUUUGUGGAUAAAUAUAUACUUGUUUCCAUAUAUGUAUGUACUUGCCAAAUGUUCCAGAUGCAGUUCUGUAGUCUUGGAUCUGUGGAUGUUUCUAGAGCAGAUGUAGUCUCAAUAUACCAUCGUUCGCUGUAAUGAGGCAGUAGCUACAUACCUCUGUAGAAAAGGGUUACCCACGCCUCACUGUAAUCCACUGAAUACAGCUUAAAACCAAGCGUCGAUGGGAAUCGGAAUCUUAGUAUAGCAAGAUGAUUUUUUUUCCCUAAAGAAGUUGAAUUCAACUUAAGAGAAUAUUUUCAGCCUUAGCCUAAAACACAGGUAGUGGAGAGAGUUAUUUUAGUGUGAGUGUUUUCUCUGUGUGUAUGUGCGAUUUGUUUGCACAAAUUCAUUUAAGAAGGUUAAAUUUGCAUUUCUGAAACUAACUAACUAUACUCCACCGUUUAAAAAGUGGAGUCUACAGUGUUUCAGUUAAUUAUUUUGGAUUUCUAAUUAUGAUUACCGUGUUGACAGGAAUCGGAAUCUGAAAGUCUCGGUGAGCUUUUCUGUUUACGGAACAGUUGUAGUCCUGCAGGAUUGUUUUGUAGUGGUGAAUGUAUAGGGCAUAGUAGGUCCCUAUCGUAUUGCUCGUGUGCUAAUUAUUAUUGUGAAGGAAUAUGGUCUUAAUCGGUUCAUAAUAUAGUUAACGUGCCUUUAACAGUCUCAUUUUUCCAAAAUGGUAAAUAGCUGUACGCUCACUUCUGUUUCAACCGCAGUCUAAAAAGGCAUUUAAAAAGGGUCACGGUGUGGCUGCAUUUGACUGUAGCUAACAAUUAGCCUACGCUGUUCGUGUCGUUCUCGCGUACUGUUAAACCGGCCAGUUACGGGCUCUGUAACAAGCGUGAGUCGCCGCAGGUCACGUGUGUCGGUACCAGGCUUUUCCUUGCCACGCCCUACCGAUGCGAGCAGCACGCGCUCCUAUUUCAUUUGGCUUUGCUCAGUUUCCUUCCUAAAAAUUCUGGGUCUUCAUAUCAAAAUGAUUUGGUGCCCAUUUCUUUAAAUUCUUUGAUUAUGGACAGCUCUAGACCUAUAAAGACAAAAGUCCUUUCAGAAUGCUUCAGUUCUGUGGCUUUAUUACGUACCCUUUGAUAUUUCAGGGGGGAAAAAAACCCUGUGUUUUAUAAAACAACCACCUGGAGUUGCAGCUCUGUUACAGUCAUAAAAUACCUUUAGCUGCCUAAUGUUUAAUUUGGCAACAAUGUACGAAUUCUGUAAGUAUUGCACUGGAAUUUUGGUAUGAAUAAGUAAGUAUAAUGCUUCGGGUUUUAGGGACUAGUUGUAUUCACAUUUUACUGACUUCAGUGGAAGCAGAGUUAAGGUAUGAGGUCACACAUAAGCCAGAGAGGUGGUUUUGUUUUGGGGUUUGCUUUGAUUUUUGGAUUAUUUUUUUUCUUUUCCCGCUUGUGGAGUAACCAGGUAAAAAUUAGUUUACUCCCCCCACCUCCCAGCUUUGCUGAGAUUUAACAGUCCUUUUUUUUUUUCCUGUUUUGACUUAUUCAAUUUAAAUUUUUGAAUGAGGUAAAGAAGGUAGUGGAGUUUUAGCUAAUAACAGUAGCAGUGAUACUAGAUUGCUGCCGUUUAAGCAAACAGGGUACUUAAGGGUCCCUUCUCAAGUCAAUGUUAUUUUUAGGGUGUAUGUUUUGGUAGUUGGCAGUGAAUCUUUAAUACUUUAAAAUCCCAAAUUGAUUGUCCAGUACAGCAUAGAUUUAAGAAUUACAAUUAUUUCAGUAUUCUGUAUAAAUAACUGGAGGCUUCUGGUAAUUUGACCUUCUUGAUUCCCAGAAGAGAUGCCAUCAUCAGAGUAAGAACUUGUUUAGGUUUGUUCUCUCUGCUUUUCUUGUGUAUCCACAGAAUCCCUCUGGCCAUGAAGUUAGUCUGAUUGUAUCUCUAUAAAUGAAAACUAAGAAAUUGGUAUUAGCUUGUCAUUAUUUUUAUCAGAACAGCAUCCAGGGAGACUGUCUAGGUUCGUGGUGCUUUCCUUGCUGUGGCCUUUUCAGGAGUGUCUGUGAGACUAUUCGUUCCCAAACUACUGCUGUUGUUUUUUUUUCUUUCCAGACUGAAUAUUCUUCUUUUCUCUUGGCAUUUACCACUGCUACUAAUCUUUUUGUCUGUACCUGGAUACGUAUAAUUUUGAAAUUUUUUGCCUUACAGCUUGGAAUCUGAUACUCUGGUCUUCAUGAGUCUCCUCUUAUUAUUCCUGGUACCUUUUCUCUUUGGUGAAGUAAAUGAAUAGUUACAGGUGGAGAUUACGGGAGUGAGAGGCUUUGUGGAGGUACUUGCUGGCCAUUUAGCCUUUACCACUUUUUCAGAGAAGCGGAGAGAUACUCCAAAAUUUUGUGGAAAGCUUCCUAGCUUUAGUCCUAUGUGUUCUUCCAGAAGUGAGCAUGAGUGCAGCUUCCUGGGAUUAUGUUUCAUCUGUUGUCCGGGCCUUCUCCCAUUCUGUUUGGGGAAAUAAUGAAGGAGAGGGGAGCUACAAGAAGAAUGGAAACACUGAGCCACAGGAAACCCUGCUUCCAGCAGACAGGACCAUUCCUCUUCGUGGCUCCUGUGGUCGGAAGGGUGUGAGCCUGAGGGACCAGGAGUCCUCCUUUGCCUAAACUGUGUUUCCCCUUUCCCCAUCUGCCGCUCAUAGAUGCUGUCAGGGUUCAACUGCUGGACUUGUGGCAGAGUUGGCUCACCCUUGUCCCGCUCUGGCAGCCAUCCUCCCACCCUUGUAUGUUUUUAUCACAUGGAAGCAAGCUGCUUGUCAGCCUGAGGAGCUCAGAUGGGGCUUGGCAACAGCUGGUUCAAACCACCGGGGUAUGGUCCUCCCUCUUGGAUCAAGACCUCCAAAGAUCAGCGCCUCUCGACUGCUGUCUGUAAGGGAAGAGAAUGAAGUUGGAUUUAAGAUCAGCUUUUCUAGACUUCGAAAAUGACAAAUGGCACAGAGUACUUAGCAUAAAACUUCCACUGAACGGUUUGUUUUUGAAAUCUGUUCUUCCUCAAGCAGCAGCGUUCGGCUUUGCUCAGUGGGAUAUUCUCAGAUACACCGUUUAUGUUAGGUCACAGCUCUAGCUGUGUAGGAAGUAGGGUUUCUGUGUUUAAAUGCUGUAAAGAUUAUGCAACAAACAGACCUUAAGCCUAUAUGUAUAUUUUUUUAAAAGUUACUAUUGUUACCUGCUCUGCAAGCUGACUUCCCCCCACCCCAAUUCUCUGCUUGGGAGCUGUGAUGCCAAAACGCUUCAUGUUGGAGCAACCCAAAGCAGUAGGGCUUUUUUCUUUUGUUCGUUGUGUCUUUAUUGCUUUGACAGUGUAUGUAAUCUUGAUUUAAAAUUCAGUUUUACAACUCUACUUUAUGGCCACAGUCUUCUAUAGGAUUUAUUUUUUUCCUAAGAGCAUCAUCAAAGUGGAAAAACUUGAGUUCUCGAUUAUGUAACUCGUGGCGAUUGUAUGCUAUAUUGAACAAGAACAGGGAAUACUGCACAUCAGUGACUACAUGACAGCACUCGACUGUCAAACAGGUCUCUCUAAUAUUAUUUUAAAUAGGUGCAUUUGCAGUUAGGCUGCUGGAGAGAUGGGUGUGGUCCUGCUUCCACUGCAGCCAGCAGCUUUAGCAGGUUUUUGUCCUUACCUGGCGUUGUUGCUUUGCUGGCACGGUGUCUCGAGUUAGGCAGGCUCUUUGUAAAUACAAGCUCAGUAGUUCACCUUGAACAGUUGUUACCCAGAAACUCCAGGAGGAUGUGUUCCCAACCUUUUUUUAUAAGGUUUCUCGCUACACUGACAACUUAAAAUCAACGGGAUCAUUCCGCUUUCUUUUAAAGCUGAGGAAUAUCCCUCCUGGAGAAACUUUGGCCGAAAUAAAUUUGUGAGUUUCGGGGAAUUUUGCACCUUGUUUUAUCCCGAUCUGCUUCAAUGGAAAUGUAGCCUUAACCAUACUAAGACCUUGAUUUAUUUCCUCUGCAGUUUGUCCAUCUUGUCACCAGCGCUCUCUUGUUUUGUACAACUUUAUAUGGAAAUCAGGCAUCUCGGGCAUCUCUUACUUUUGGUAGAUAUUGCUUUCUAAUUUUUUUUUCUUAAAUAACAACUUUGCCAGUUGAUUUUAUCACUUAUAUAGAAUGGACGGUCCUUAUUUUUUCUUCAUUAGCAAUACUGUAAUCAAAGGUGCAAAAAAAAAAAAUGCGUUUGGUGUAUGUAGUCUGUGCUGUUAGAAAUUGAAAAUGUAUCAGGUUAGGAGCAACUUUUAAAAGAAAUUGAGGAACUGGAGCUAUAAAUCCUCUUUGCUUUUUUGCCAAAGGAGCUUUAAAAAGGAAAAUAUUUGCAUCUAGUGUGUAAAAGAGCUUGUUAGAGAGAACAAAUAAAUCAGAGUCAACUUAAAAUCAUCGCCAGAGCAAGAUUGCUUUACAUUUUUUUACUGUAUAGAAUACAACUAACUUAAAACUCGUUUAUGCACAGUAAUAACUUAACGAGCAUAGUUUUUUCACAGAAUUAGGCUAUUUCCAAUAUAUACGGGAAAAAUAAGUUUCCUUUUAUUUUUUAUGACGGAUAUACAAAGAUUAAUAGUGUCUAUAUUUUAAUAUACUGUUUGGUGUCUGAAGUAUCUCUUUUACAUGUUUGUUGGUCAAACUCAUUGACUUAAAAUAGCAAAUUUUACACUGCUAGUCAAGUAUUGCUGGAGGAGGAUUUUGAGUUGAUCCAUUCACUAGGCCCAACAGAAAUAUGUGACAGUAUAAUUUAGCUUAAAAAAAAAAAAGUCAAUUGUUGAUUAGACAAGACUUUAAUCAUUAAUCAGUUUAGGCUUAUUUAAGUAUUUCUGUAAAACAACUGGAUGUUUGAAUGAACGCUGCAAAAAUCUUACUUCUACCUCUUGCGUAACAUUCUUAAAAUUAUACUUCACAGAUCUCUUUGGGUCGUACCUCGGUAUUACCGGGCGCUGGUACACCUUAACUCGUGACCUUCGUCUGCUUUUCCUUUUGUGUUUCCGUCAGUCGGUUUCUACGGGACGGCGUGCGGCCGGGGCUGGAUUGCGCUCGCCGUGUCAGUAGCUUGAGGCAAGCCGUGCACACCACCGCGCGUUUCUGUUCAGCGAAGGGUGCAACGGUCAGCAGAGGUUCAAAGGUUUGUGUUACAGGGGUGAAAGCCUCAGAAGUAUGAGAAUUCUGUAAUAAGUCAUGGCCAGUGUAAUUUUCUAGUAUUUUUAUGUACGUGAUUUGAUUCCUUUUAUUUAAAUAAUCAACUCUGUUGUACUUAUGUCCCUAAUAAAGAGUUACGGCUUCUU